CUUUGCUGGGCGGUGGGAGGUGGUGGUGGACGGUGUCAAGAGAGGAUAGAUUAAAACCGCAGGGUGGGGGGGGCGAGGAGCUCCGUCUGCUGCUGCUGUAACCUCAGACAGCAUCAACAUGGAGCUGGAGAACAUCGUAGCCAACACGGUGCUGCUGAAAGCACGGGAAGGAGGCGGCGGCAACCGAAAAGGAAAAAGUAAGAAAUGGAAGCAGCUGCUGCAGUUCCCCCACAUAAGUUUGUGUGAAGAGCUGCGACAAACCACAGAGAAGGACUACAGCAGCCUGUGUGAGCGGCAGCCCAUCGGACGGUUACUCUUCAGACAGUUCUGUGAGACUCGACCCGAACUGAGACGCUGCGUCAAGUUCCUGGAUGCCGUGGCGGAGUACGAGGUGACUCCAGAUGAGAAGAGGAAGGAGUGCGGUCAGGAACUCGUCGACAAAUACUUCAACCCAAAGUCGGAGGACCACGUGCCUGAGGUGGAGGAGGCCAUGAUGGCUCAGUGUGCAGAGAGGCUGCAGCAGGAGGCCUGCAAAGAGCUCUUCAAGGACUGUACCAAAUUGAUCCACGACUACCUGAGCGUGGCGCCCUUCGCGGACUACCUCGACAGCAUGUACUACAACAGGUUCCUCCAGUGGAAGUGGCUGGAGAGGCAGCCGGUGACGAAAAACACAUUCCGACAGUACAGAGUUUUAGGGAAAGGAGGCUUUGGAGAGGUGUGUGCGUGUCAGGUGCGAGCCACAGGGAAGAUGUAUGCCUGUAAGAAACUGGAGAAGAAAAGGAUCAAGAAGAGGAAAGGAGAGUCCAUGGCGCUCAAUGAGAAACAGAUCCUGGAGAAAGUCAACAGCAGAUUUGUCGUGAGUUUAGCCUACGCCUACGAGACGAAGGACGCUCUGUGCCUUGUGCUGACCCUCAUGAACGGAGGAGACCUGAAGUUUCACAUCUAUCACAUGGGCGAGGCGGGUUUCGAUGAGAAGAGAGCCGUCUUCUACUCUGCAGAGAUCUGCUGCGGGCUGGAGGACCUGCACCGAGAACGCAUCGUCUACAGAGACCUAAAACCAGAGAACAUCCUGCUGGACGACCACGGCCACAUCAGGAUAUCAGACCUGGGUUUAGCAGUUCAUGUUCCGGAGGGACAGUCCAUUAAGGGACGGGUGGGAACAGUAGGAUACAUGGCUCCGGAGGUGGUGAAAAACGAGCGCUACACAUUCAGCCCAGACUGGUGGGCGCUGGGCUGCCUGCUGUACGAGAUGAUCGAGGGCCAGUCUCCCUUCCAGCAGAGGAAGAAGAAGAUCAAGAGGGAGGAAGUGGAGCGGCUGGUGAGGGAGGUGAAGGAGGAGUACUCCAGCAAGUUCUCAGAGGAAGCCAAGUCCCUCUGUAAAAUGCUUCUGGCCAAAGAUCCUCCUGAGAGGCUGGGCUGCCUGGGAGGCGGAGCCUCCGAGGUCAAAGCCCAUCCCAUCUUCCGCUCCAUUAACUUCAAACGCCUUGAGGCCGGCAUGCUGCAGGCGCCCUUCAUUCCUGAUCCACAGGCCAUCUACUGUAAAGACGUGCUAGACAUCGAGCAGUUCUCCACGGUGAAGGGAGUGGAGCUGGAGCCCAAAGACGAGUCUUUCUACAGCAAAGUGUCCACAGGCAGCGUCUCCAUUCCCUGGCAGAAUGAGAUGAUCGAGACGGAGUGUUUCACAGAGCUGAAUGUUUUCCACCAAGACGGGACGGUUCCUCCUGACCUGGACUGGAGAGGACAGCCGUCUCCUCCACCCAAACAGGGACUCCUGCAGCGGCUGUUCGGCCGACAGGACUGCUGUGGUAACUGCAGUGACAGUGACGAGGAGCCCACCAGGCUGUGACACACACACACGCGCACACACACACACACACAGGAUCUCAUUUGUUUACAGGUUUUGCACAUUUGUAUUUUUAAGAUAGUACUAUCUCUAAAUGUCAGAAUGUAUAUUUUCAGCAUAGCCAUAAUGUUUAGUGUUAUUUAAAGCGUGUGAAAUAUCGGCUGCCGAGGCGUUCUGACCGAGUUGUUUGUUGCUUUUGUUUGUGUUAGGUUGUUUUUUUUUGUCCAGGGAAGGCUUUGCUUUCACAUUCAUCCACUCACACACGUCCAUGUUACUGAUCUGGGAGCUGCUGCUAGCCGCUGAGCAGCUCCACUGGAACAAUCGCCUGCUGUAAAAGUGCCUUGCUGGAGGGCACUGUGACAGUGGUUACUAAGGGAGGACUGAGCACCUCUUUACUUUUCCCCCACUUUGUCCAGGGAAUCGAACCAGUGACUUUCAGCUCAUGAACUGUGACCACUUUUCUUCUUCCGCCCUCCAUCCUGCUGUGACCAACCUCUCACAAAAGCUCUAUUUUUCAUUUAAUUCUGUCAAAAGUGUGAUUUUUAUUUUUGCUUGGAUAUUAUGGUUUUGAACUGGGGAUGCCAGAGCCAUGAAGUUGUCUACAUCUACAAAUAUUUUUAUAUCAAAAGUAUUAUUAUUUUUUAAUUUGUUGAUUAUGGAUUUCUUGAGACAAUCGACUCAUUGUGUCGGCGCGGCUCCAGUUACUCUUGUCAGUUUUGGGAUGUGACUGUUGGACUGUGUUGUUUUAGAUGAAACUGUUGUUUGGUCAAAUUUGACAGAAACUCUGAGAGUUCAUUGACUCACUUUCAUGAUUAUACGAGAUGCUUCAAACAACAUGCUUGUGCCUUUUUGUUGGUCCUUUGUUUUGUUCUUCACAGUGAAUUUUUUGAAGCGGUCCCACAGUGAACAACUUACACAUUAUGUUUUUAUUAUGUUAUAUGGUUUUGGAGCUUAAAAAGUACUGGUACUCUUAACCAGGAGCCUUCAAAGCACACUCGUUCAGCAAGAGUGAGCAUGCUUUGCAGGCUGCAAAGCGCACGCUCAUUUGGCAAGAAUUAUGGCAACACUUUAUUUUACAUGCCCCUAAUUUCCUAACAAUCUCUGAGAGAGAAACAAGGAAAUUAUAGAGAAAAUAGAAACAAAGCUCUUAGACAGUUUUUGAGUUUAAGUAGUUAACUUUAUUACAGUUGUUGAUUUUCAGAGGAGUUUCGUUGAAAGAACCGCUCCAUUAAAAACCCAGGGAAAUAUCCCUUCAUUGUUCCACUUCUUCCAGUUUGUUAAGUUGUAUGUUUGUCUGUAAAAUUUAGAUCUUUGCAUGUUCAGCUGACUUGCUCUGGGCUGACUAAAAGGGUCUAAAUUACAACAGUGUAACCAAAAUGAUCACAGUCUCAGAGACUUGAUGUAGAAUUGGCCAUUUACAACAAAUGGUUUUACAGUUAGAUUUGAUGGGAAGGGCUCUGCUGUUUGAGGAAGGUCUCAAAGAGCAGCAAACAAGGAAUAAUCUUCCCUUUACCAACAUAUAGAUCAACAUUACAUUCAAGUCAAUAAUACCAAAAAUACCACAUAAGGAGGAGGUUGAGAUGUGGGUUGGAGCUGCAGCAGCAAACGUUUCUUACAAGAAGGUCUCAGCAGAGAGAUCGUGAGAGGUUUCAGGGUCUAAAGGCAGUCCAGCACACCAGCAUGAAUAUGACUGGAUGUUAAUAGUGUAACAGCCGCCUGGUAGCUGAGCAGCCGCUGAAUGAGCCACUGACAUGAAUGUAUCAGCGGAUGCCAGUCAGCUCAUAUUCAGGCGACAAAUUGCUUACUUUUAAUACAAAAUUCAGCAAAGAACGGCUCGAAAGAGUAUUUAUGGAAAUGCGAGCAAAAAUCUAAGCUCUUGUCCAACAACUAACUGCACACCGUGAGUACAUGCAUUCAUCAGAAUACGGCAGUACUGAGUAAUAAGUGAUGACUGAUGUGCCGGUGCGCUGUACUAGUGAGUACAGGUGAUUACAGGUGUGUACUGGCACCAAAAAAUAAGCUCUAAAAUAUCCGAAAAAGUUUUUUUUUUUUUGGACUUUCCAGUUUCCCAAAAUUCAUGUACAUCAGUUUGGGGGCCAGUGUGUUGCUCAAGGACACAUGGACAGGAGGAUGGGGGUUUGACUGCCAACCCUUUGACGUUAUUGGCCGACCCUCUUUAUGUGCGUUUGGAGGUGUGAUUUAAAUAAGUUGAUAUCUGAUCAGAAAAUAAGUAAAUAAGGCCAAGUAUCUGAACUUUGUUGCUGCAGACACACUUUGUCUAAGUGAAUCACAGGUUUAUUUUUUUCACUUGUCUCUCAGGGUUUCUGAAGAAUUUGCUCCUUCCCACAGUUUUACUCCUGACUCUUCCUCUUUUUUUUUUUUUUUUUUUACUUUCCAUGUGAGCAGAUGUUGAUCAGAUGAUUUCCAACCCGAGCAGGUUUAUAGUCGCCCUGCUUCAAAUAGCUGAAAACGAGCUGGAAGCUUUUGGGUCCAGUGGUUUGUCGGACACAGGCUGAAGCUGGUCUGUUCAUCACUGCAGUGAAAUGGUCGCUUCCUCAAAGAACAUGGCCUCUGAUUUUAAGCUAUUUAAAUGAAAUACCUCUGAAUGUACAAACAGCUGUCAUGUUAUUUCUGUAGACUGAUGUUUGACGAGACAGACAACAGAAACCAGGUUUUGUCCCUUCUGUUAAUCUUGGACGUAACAGCAAGAAUUCAUAAACAUGUGGAAUUCACCUUAGUGUGUCCUGCAAAAUGAACCAAAUACUGAAAUCCCCACUAUGUUUAUCAAAACUGAAGCUGAAGGUUGUUGUGGAUCAUAGAUGACCACAUUUUAAAGGGGCAGUUCACCCAGUUUUCGCCUCUCGUGGUAUCUCGCCAUGCAGGUUGUCUUUUAUUGGCUCAGGUUUUUUGAAGUGUGAUAAGUGUUCCUGCUCUGUGAAUUUAUCCUGGAAGAUUUGGGAGCUGACUAAUGUGUGGUGGAUAAAUAUCCCAGCAUAUAUUUCUAUCCACUAAAAUGACUCAAAACUUGCCAAAUUAAACCAAACCGAUCUGCAUGGCUGGAUACACCUGGAGACAGGUGAGGAAAUUGUUUAGCGACAGAGCUCUCGACCACUUAAACCAAACCAGUUGUCCACAGAAGAUCAAAGAUGACAAAGUCCUUCCCAUUCAAGGUGCCUUUUGGUGUUUGAAGGUAUUCCUCCAGCCUGUAGUCGCCUCUUUUUAUACAUACUGUAUGUGUCUGUACAUGUGCUCAUGCAAAGCCUGCUGCUGCAGCUUCAGCCCACUUCCUGUCUGUGGUGGCUCGUGUGUUCGUCAUCAUAAACGUCCCCCCGGACUUCUGAAAAGAGGACGAUGAGACUGAAAGGAUCCCUGCACUUAAAGACUGCUGUCGACUCUCGCAUCCCUGACCUCUGAACUCUGGAGUCUGCAGCGAUUUUAUAAAGACUGGGAGGUCAAAGGGGAAUCCGGCGAGUCGGAAGAGCUUGCUAACAUCCUUUAUGGAGGUUUAAAUCAGGACUGAACUGCUGUGCUGCGUCUCUGCUGUUGGAUAACUUCUGUCUGUUUAUGUGUUCCUUGUGUUAGUGAUGCACCGACACUGUAAUCAGCCUUGAAGGAUGAUUCCAGUUCAUUACAACUUGGGCCUAAUUUUUGUAGUUUUGUUCAUCAUUCUUAUCUGUAAUAUUAACAUUAUAUUCACCAAGUUAGAGGCUAAAAUCUGGGAACAUGGAAACAUUAACAUGACCAGAUCCUGGAAACCUCAACAGAUACUAUGGAAAAUGAGGUCCUGAAGCAAUGCUUUCAUAGAGCUGUUCUGUUAGUACUGAGGAUGUGUGUGUGCACGGGUGCAAUAUUCAGAAUUUAUGCCCCAUUUUCCCUCCACACAUUCCUUAUUAAUGUGCUGGUUCUUAAUGUUACUUACCAAAAGAGCUUAAUUUAAUAUGUUUUUCUGUCAUUGUAAGGAUGAGCAAUAAUGUUUUUAUCAUCCACCCUGUUUAAAUCAGGAUGAGGGAGGCUGUGGCUGCCUCUAAACAAGGAGGUUGUGAUAAAAAAUGUCAAAUAUGCAUCAAAUGUUUCAGUAUAAAUGUCCCAACAGUUCAUCUACAGUCUUUUUAUUAAUGCUACCGUGUUCCUAGACCUCAGCUGUUUAAGCUGGUGAGUACAGUGUAUUUUCCGACUGAUAGAAAUGACAAAUUGUGAAAGAUCAGAAUGAUCCUUUGAGGUAAAAACUGUUUAAAUUGGUAGAAAUUAGAAUAGAAACCGAUGCACUAAAAUCUUGAUUUGCAUGUGUCCACGCGUGCCAGUUUUUUUCUGUAUCUCUGGAGAUGUUUUGUUGUCAUUUUUUAAUCCAAACUGGUCGCCCAGCUCUGCUUCAGCAUCACCUGAUAACUUGAAUAUCAGUGAAAACGAGAGAAAAGGUUGUGUUUGUGCGUCUUCAGUUGUAAACAAGUCCUGUUUUAUUUCACUCAUUUUCUUUUCUUGGUUUAACAAUAAUGUUUUAUAGAUUUCAAAUGACUUUCAACUGCUGAGAGCUUGGUGUGUGUGUGUGUGUGUGUGUGUGUGUGUGUGUGUGUGUGUGUGUUUGCAUCAUGUUCUUCUGAGCCUGGCUUGUAAACGCUGUGAGAACAGAGAGCCCUCCCUCUGUUUUGUACCAUAAAGCAACUUCUUUACUCCGUGUGGUUUUUGUACUUCUACCUUUGUGAGGACUGAUUUGAGUUUUCGAGGACAUAUUUGGACAGUUUGUCUGGUCCUCGCUCAUUCAAAGGUUAACAGUCGGUUUCAGGGUUAUGAACAAACCAAAGGGACAUAUAUCAACCAUGGCAUUUUCAUAUUGUUGUCUCAUUUAUUAACACAUUUCAUGGUUUUAAUAAGGCAGCUUGCACCAACCUGUACAGCUGCAUCAAUCCCAGCCGCACGUGGAGCUUUCUUAGUGGAGGAGCUUGCUCACUCUGUAGGAAGAGGAUUUUCCCAUUCUUAAACCCACCGACAAAGAUCUGUUUCAACGGACAUGAACAGGCGUAACAGCAGACCCACGUGAAUCAGACUUCUUGUAUUGUAUAGAUUUGGGAAACAACGCUGAGGGAGCGUGAGCCUCAGCGUCACAAAAUUCUCCACAAAAAUCAUCUCAAAAGCAGAGCUGGAUUGUGGUUUCCCAGAAAUCCCUAAAGCUGUUGUGGUGAAGUAUUCAGCUCUGAGCCCGGCCCAUACCUGCACCUUUAAGACUCAGCUGAACCCACGUACUGCCGAGUGCUCCCUGUGUUACAAAAGCUCCACAGUGAGCAGUAAACUGAGAAGUUGAAUCAUCAUCAUUUUGCGUCAUUACAGGCUGGUGUAGUAGAGGGCGUCAGCGAUGACGCCUUCAUGUCUCCAUAUAAAACCAUGAACCUCAGGAGGUCCCAGGAAAGACUGUGGAGAAUAUCUCAGCAAAUCUGAAAUUAUUGUUUGGUAAUAGGAAAAAUAUUGCAUCCAUAUAUAUGUGUGUGAGGUGAUCGUUUGUAUAUUUACUGUCACAAAAACCAAUAAAAUGCAAG